AACUCACUGUCGUGUUUAAACAAAUAAUUUAAAAAAUAUCAAAAUGAAUUGCAAAUACUACUGUGACCGGACUCUUGGGUGGAUGAUGAAUAACAAAAUAAUAGUCUUUCUAAGUUUACUGUGCUUCUGUUUGUUUGUAUCAACGUUGGCGCUGUCGAGUCAGAGAAACGGUUUGAGGAAUGAAGUGAACGAACUGAAAGAACGAUUAGAUAAUUUGACUACAACUACUGUAGCGCCAGCAGGAGCGGAUACAACAACAGAAAAGACAACAGAAAAGACAACAGAACCACCACCAUCUGCUCCACAAGAUACAAAUACAGGUGAAAAUAAUACAGGAGAAAAAGCAGCGCCGAUAGAAAACCAAAGGUCUCUCGAUACUACGGAUGGUGAAUUUAUUGAUAGUCCCGAUCAAAUUGUUGUUGAUAGCAAGCUCCUUGAACUUAUUCGACCUUAGUGCUUGUUUUAUGUCAAUAUAUCCUACAUUUUGGAUCAGUGAAUGGUUAUAUAAUAUUCUUUAUUCAUUAUAGAGUUGUGUGUGAAUGCGGCAGAAUUGUAACGCGGAUUUUUUGUACAAAGAUUAAACGGCGAUUGGUUUAUGUAA